GCUCUGCAUCACGUACCUAUAUACCUCUGCGCUUGUGCUCCUCCGAGCUCCACAUCCUCUCUGCUCUGGGCUAAGCUGCUGAACUACAAGACAUGAAGACUGCACUAUUUCUUUUGGUUCUCAUUGCCAUUGGGAGCUGCGUUGUAGCUGUGAAUGCUCUAGAUUUCACCCUGAAGAGAUAUGGCGGGAGAGUACUUGCCAACAGCGUUAUAGACAUCAGUCGAGUUGGUCGUGAAUACAGGCCUUACUACUACUACUACUAUCGUACAACCUAUACUAACGAAGGACCUCUUGUGUGCCACACUGAAACUCCUAACUGCUGUCGUGAUGUUGAUGAUCCAUUUGAAAACGAGGAGAAUGGAGAGUGGUUCUAUCCCGACGGGCAGGUUGUUGGCAGUUCCCAGCAGUACUACAACUUUUAUGUGACCAGAGCACGCCAAGAGCUCCAUCUGCACAGUUAUUCCGCCAACAGCCCAACUGGAGUGUACUGCUGUGAUGUUCGGAGUGUCAAUGGCUCGGGCAACAUCACUGCUGAGUAUGUAUCCGAAACAAACUACACAAGUAUCAACUCUUCCACUAGCAAGUGUGUCGGAUUGUACACUUAUUCUCAGUUACGACUCUGCCGUGAUUUCUCAAUUGGCAAUGGAUUGGUGACGUAUGACUCUCCUUAUAUUCCUGGGAGAGUGGCUAGCAUCUCUUGCAACCGAGGAUUUAGCUUGGUUGGUAGUUCUGAACGGACUUGCACCAACGGAGGAUGGAGUGGAACAACACCCAAUUGUGUCUAUGAUUGCGGGCCUCUACCAGUCCCAAGAAAUGGACGUGUGGAUACCUCUACCGGUACGACAGUAGGGAAGACGGCCACUUACAGCUGUAACGAAGGCUACAAUUUGAUUGGCAGUUUAACCCGAAACUGCCAAUACCAAUACAAUUCUUACAGCAGAUACAGCAGUUACCGAUAUACGGGUGUUGACUGGUCUUCAUCUGCACCAAUAUGUGUGGAUGAGGCAAAGAUGCAGCUGAUGUUUUCACCUACUCCGGGUAGCUGCUUGGAGUGGGAAGAAUCCAGGGCCAAUAGGAUCACGCUCGCUUUCAUUGGAGCCAUUGAAGAAGUGCUACUCAAUUAUGCAUCAAUUGCUCUGCCACAUAUCAAUUUUGCAAAUUUGACACACUCUCCAUUUUCGGUAGAAAGGAGUUUCUUCAGUUGUCGUUCAUCCCAGACUGAGGCCCACUUCAGGACCACUUUAUUCGGUCUGGAAGAUGUAUCUGCUCAUGAGAUGGUCAAAGUCAUUCAACGUUGGGUCUCCUCUGGUCCAUCUGUCAAAAUUCAGUGGUAUGUUGUUGACAUUAUCAAGAGUUGCCCUGUGGCUAUACCCUCCGAUGUCUAUGCCGAGUGUGUGAGUCCUGACAUGAAACAGUGUUGGGAGAAAUGCGAUGAUAAGCCGCAGUAAACCACUACAUGUAUAUAACCUGUGGAUAAAACAAUGAAUAGUAUUAUUAUUAUCAUUUAUGGAUAUUCAACCUUCGGUGUGGACACUAGUCUGCAGUCGUUUCGUUUGGCACAGAUUGCUAGCUUGAUCUUUACUGCACAAAACUCGCCCUGAAAUUUGGCCAUUGGUUAUUCCGUAUACCGGUUAGUUAUGGCUGCUCCAAAGUAUGCGAUUUUAUAUUUUAUACGUUUAUUA